CUCGCCCGCGCUGGGCGGGGGCCCCCGCAGGAUGCGCCCUGGCGGCCACGGCGGGGCGCCCCCGCCGGGGCCCGAGGCGCUGCUGCGCGUGCUGCGGGAGGCUGAGGCAACGAGGCACGCGAACAAGAGGAUCUUGCGAGAGGCAGCGGACCACAAGCGCCUGCUAGCCAUUGUCGAGGAGUGCGGAGAGGGCCUGCACGUGCUGAACUUGUGCACGCUGCUGCACCGCCUGGCGCGCUGCCUCUCAAGGGAGGGCGCCGCUGGGCUGCAGCGGGCGCAGGCCAUGCAGCAGACGCCGGCGUGGGCCGCGCUCCUGGCCCUGGUGAAGCAGCGCGCCCGCGACUGCAACAACAUGGAGCUGACCAACUGCUUGUGGGCGCUGGCGACGCUGGAGGUCCGCGGGCAGGCGGAGGAGGCAGUUGCGCUGGAGCUGCUGAGGGUCUCGGAGAGGUAUCUGGACACAUUUGGGCCCCGCAACCUGGCGCUGUCGGCUUGGUCUUUGGCCAAGAUGGGCCACAGGGACCCCUCGUGGUGCCGCGCGUGGUCCGUGCAUGUCCAGCGCAAGAUCCGCGACUUCGACCCUCGCGACAUGACCAUGGUCCUCUGGGCCUUCGCCACCGUCCACUGGCGCGACGAUGCGUUCCUUGCCCGCUUCUGCCAGGAGGUUGUCGCCAAAGCCGACGACUACGUCGGGAACCAGGACAUCGGGAACACCCUGUGGGGGCUCGCGACGCUCGGCUACCGCGACGAGGCGGCCCUCGCGGUGCUGGACGCGCAGUGCUUCAAGAGGGCAGAGCAUUUCGACAACCAGAACUUGUCGAUAUCGCUCUGGAGCUACGCAACACUCGGCCACAAGAACAUGAACUUGCUGCACUUCCUCACACAGCUCGUGACCGAAAGGAUCAAGAGCUUCGGGCCUCAGGGCAUCGCGAACACGGUCUGGGCCUGCGCGAAGUUCCAGUUCCAGCAGAAGUGCCUCCUGAUGACGGUCGCCGAGGAGGUGCUCCCGCGCUUGGACGACUUUGAGCCCCAGCACCUGGCCAUCGUGGCGUGGGCCUACGCCACGCUGGAGUUCCCGUGCAGGCCGCUGCUGAGUGCUCUGUGCCAGGCGGCUUGCCGCAAGAUGCACAUCUUCAGCCCGCAGCACAUGGCCAACAUGACUUGGGCUAUGGCGACCCUCGCGCACAAGGACGAGGAGUACCUCCUGGUCAUGGCCCGCAGGGUGCUGCAGCAGGUGGGCGACUUCAACCCCCAGGAGUGCUCGAACCUGGUGUGGGCCUUCGCGCUGCUCGUGUUCCGCGACGACGCGGCCCUGGAGGCGCUGAGCCAGCGAUCGCGGGACAUCAUGCCCGAGUUCAUCCCGCAGAACCUGGGCAACACGGCCUGGGCCUACAACAGGCUGCAGUACCGCGACGAGGAGUUGAUGCGGUGCAUCGUGCACGAGGUGUCGCAGCGCCUCCACGAGUGCCACGGCCAGGAGGUGCUCGACGUGGUUGAGGCCGUGCUCACGGGCGGCUACGAGGGAGCCAUGGAGCCAGCGCACUGGGACACCCUGACGGCGUGGUCGGGGCGGAAGUACCGCAUGGCCGAGGACUUCUUGGACGGCCACAGCGGCAUGCCCCUGACCCUGCGGUCGCUGUCUCCCUUCGACCGCGCGCUCGCCGUGCAGGACUACCAGGACCACCUGAAGAGCUUCGACCUCAUCGGCCUCGGCUACACCUACACCGCGCAGCUGCUUGCGCACGUGGGCGUCAACCUCCCGCAGGGCCCGGACCUGGAGGCGUGGCGCGGCCUGGCCCAGGCCGUCGCCGCGACCGCGAGGCACGACGGCGACCAGGAGAAGAACGCGGAGGCCCAGGAGGGGCUGAAGGCGUGCCGGACCGUCUGCGUGUACCGCUUCGCGGUGCACGCCCGCGAGCGCCCAGCCCUGGCGGUGCAGCGGGGGCCCGUGGCCCUGACCAGCGGGGCGCCCACGGAGGCGCACGAGCUGGGCCUCUUCGCCGCGACCCUCAGGC